AUGGCGAAGUGGGUGGAAGCAAUGCUUGGAGACCUGCUGACUGGGCAUAGGUUAGAUUUGUUGAGGUCAAAGCUGCUGGGAAAUAUGGCUGUGUCGAAGUCAUUGGUCGCCAUUGAGAAGCAGAGGCCAAAGGGUUUGGCUCAUGAGUCUGUCCCUGGCCUUGUUGAAAUUGGUCUUGUUCCACGGGCAAAGUCACAAUUGUCACUUGGCGGCACCUUCUUUCUGGCAUUUGGGCCCCUGAUUCUUGUCACCGUUUCUCUCUUUGCUGUUUUAUAUGUGUACUUUGGACCGACUUUUGUACAUGAUGCAAGCAAGACGCCGGUGUCGCCACCGCCGUACAUUGAUCCAUAUGAGCUACUGGAAGACGAGAGGCUCUCCCGGCCCUCCCCAGAUGUGUUCUAA